AUGUGUAGGAAGCCGGCUGCGGGGCGGCAGUGGGCGGAGCCACGACCCGAACGCCCGGAGACCGCACCAGGCUGGUGGCAAAACUCUCAAACAUCCUGGGUCCCUCUUCCUGGCACGGAGGUCACAGAGGGCCAGGACGUCGCUCCGUCCCUCUUCACAUCUCUCGCUUCCUUCCCCCACCCUGUCCAGCUUCGUGAUUGUAUCCAAAAAACCUUGAAUGAGUGGAGUUCCCAAAUCAACCCAGAUUUGGUGAGGGAAUUUCCAGAUGUCUUGGAAUGCACUGUAUCUCAUGCAGUAGAAAAGAUAAAUCCUGAUGAAAGAGAAGAAAUGAAAGUUUCUGCAAAACUGUUCAUUGUAGGAUCAAACUCUUCAUCAUCAACUAGAAGUGCAGUUGACAUGGCCUGUUCAGUCCUUGGAGUUGCACAGCUGGAUUCUGUGAUCAUUGCUUCACCUCCUAUUGAAGAUGGAGUUAAUCUUUCCUUGGAGCAUUUACAGCCUUACUGGGAGGAAUUAGAAAACUUAGUUCAGAGCAAAAAGAUUGUUGCCAUAGGUACCUCUGAUCUAGACAAAACACAGUUGGAACAGCUGUAUCAGUGGGCACAGGUAAAACCAAAUAGUAACCAAGUUAAUCUUGCCUCCUGCUGUGUGAUGCCACCAGAUUUGACUGCAUUUGCUAAACAAUUUGACAUACAGCUGUUGACUCACAAUGAUCCAAAAGAACUGCUUUCUGAAGCAAGUUUCCAAGAAGCUCUUCAGGAAAGCAUUCCUGACAUUCAAGCGCACGAGUGGGUGCCACUGUGGCUACUGCGAUACUCGGUCAUUGUGAAAAGUAGAGGAAUUAUCAAAUCAAAAGGCUACAUUUUACAAGCUAAAAGAAGGGGUUCUUAACUGACUUAGGAGCAUAACUUACCUGUAAUUUCCUUCAAUAUGAGAGAAAAUGGAGUUGUGUAAAAAUCUAGUUACUGCCUGUAAAUGGUGUCAUUGAGGCAGAUAUUCUUUCGUCAUAUUUGACAGUAUGUUGUCUGUCAAGUUUUAAAUACUUAUCUUGCCUCCAUAUCAAUCCAUUCUUAUGAACCACUUUAUUGCUUUCCUUAAACUAUUGUUUUCUAAUUGAAAUUGUCUAUAAAGAAAAUACUUGCAAUAUAUUUUUCCUUUAUUUUUAUGACUAAUAUAAAUCAAGAAAAUUUGUUGUUAGAUAUAUUUUGGCCUAGGUAUCAGGGUAAUGUAUAUACAUAUUUUUUAUUUCCAAAAAAAAUUCAUUAAUUGCUUCUUAACUCUUAUUAUAACUAACCAAUUUAAUUACAAUUGUUAAAACUGAAAUACUGGAAGAAGAUAUUUUUCCUGUUAUUGAUGAGAUAUAACAGAAUAACUGGAGUAGCUGGGAUUUACUAGUAGUGUAAAUAAAAUUCACUCUUCAAUACAUGAAUGGAAACUUAAAUUUUUUUAUGUGUCCUUGCUUAUAGCUUAGCUGUAAUGAUGUAACCAUGUAUUCUUGUACCGUAUUAUCUCUUUUUAUUACUUAUAAAGACAAACCAAAGUAAAUCUGAAAAGGAGACUAGAAGCUUUGAAAUUAUUGUUUGGGGGGUUUAUAAAAGCAACUACUGUCACCUCCAGAUUCUUUUAAAUUAUUGAUCCAUCCUUAGUAUAUAUUGCUACUCAUUCAAGAAUCCUCAGUAUUGAGUACUUACCAUAUGUUAGGAUACUGUGGGCUCUGGAGAGAGGAGGGGGCAUAGAGCCAGGAAUUAAGGAUCACUUGAGUAAAAUGUGUGAUAUUUAUUCCCCAUUAAUAACUGACUAGGAAGGGCUAAAAGCCAGAAAGGGGAUGAAAAAAAAAAUCCUUAAUUCAGGGCCAACAUUAUCUACUUAAACAACUUUGAGAUAUAGUCUUAACUAUUUUAAAGCAGAAUAAUAUAAUUGAAAGUUUAUUGCUAAAAGAGACUAUAUAGGUCAUUUCGUAUAAUUCUUCCUUAGUUUCAGAACCACAAAAUUUUAAAUAAAUAAGCUAUGAAUGUUGAUGUACACUAUAAAUCUCCUUAAUUCUAUAAAUUUGUGUCUGUAACCUGAAUAGUUUGAAAACUUCUUUUAAAAUCUCUUGUAUCUCAGCCGGGCACAGUGGCUCACACCUGCAAUCCCAGCAUUUUGGGAGGCCGAGGCGGGCGGAUCACGAGGUCAGGAGUUUGAGACCAGCCUGACCAACAUGGUGAAACCCUAUCUCUACUAAAAUACAAAAAUUGGUUGGGUGUGAUGGCACUUGCCUGUAGUCCCAGCUACUCGGGAGGCUGAGGCAGGAGAAUCUCUUGAACCCCAGAGGCGGAGGUUACAGUGAGCCGAGAUCGCGCCACUGUGCUCCAGCCUGGGCGACAGAGCAAGACUCCAUCUCAAAAAAAAAAAAAAAAUCUCUUGUAUCUCAAUAUUUUUAAACCAUGGGCCUAAAUAAAACUAAUUUUGCUCAAGUUUUCUCAACCUAGGGAAAAAGAACUAUGGUUCCAUAUUCAAAAUAAAUAUAAUAGACCCUUUUCCUAA